GCAUUGCACCUUUGCUUCGCGUGCACAGGCACUCAAGGGUGGGCUGCACUGCAAGACUGUCGUGCCCCGGCAGCCCUCCCUUGGUCCGAAAUGUGGGGAAAAUACCGAGGGGCUGCAUUUGCAUUUUCAGAGACCGGGCGAAUGUUUUAAAUGUUACAAAUAAACAGGCGGCCAAGAAAACAAACAUGGAUGGACUCCGAGUGGAGCCGCCUCUCCUUUCGGUUGGGGAGGACAAGACGCCUGAUCCCGGAAGCCGCUCUCCCCACGGCUAGUCUAUACGUUUGCAGUUCUACGGUAAACGAGCGGCCCCUGCCGCGCGUGAGCUUAGAGGAAAUGAGGCCGGGCACGCCUGUGGGCGGAGCAAAGGGAAAGGGCGCUCUCGUUGCGCAGGCGCGGGAUGCGUGAGAACGCUCCCAUAAACUUACUCCCGUGCAGAGUACACAUUUCUGCUUGUUCAUCUUUGGAGGCGUUUUGGUUUCCCGCGGUGCCUGGAUUUGCGACGCCGCCGUAAGAUUAGCACUGAACUUCACUGCAGGGCUGUUGUAAGAAACACUUAGAAACGCUUGGUCACGGCUUGCGAAAUGUGGAACCCGGAAGUCCCACACCCCCAAACCGGGAUUGUGUUUGUUUCUGUGCUCUAGAGAACCGGCAUUGCUCUGCGCAGGCGUGUGGCGGGAGGUGAGAAAGACACCUGCGCAGCCAAGUAGAGCCUCCCUGUCCAGGGGCAGUCUACCUCCAGCGGCCCAGCUCCUCCGCCCGCCGGGUGGCAUGGAGCUUCCCUGCCCAGGGGCAGCUCACCUCUAGUGAGAGGGCUCCUCGUGGCCCCUGAGUGGUUCUCUCCUCCCUGCCUCCUUCCCUCCCGCCGGGCCCGGCCAUGGCUGCUGCUUCGGAGCAGGAGGCACCAAGUGCUGCUGCCUGCUGGGCGGCGGUGCGGGCUCUGCUCCCGAGCACACGGGCCGGGCUGGGGCUGGGAUCGCUGGGGCUGGGGGCGGAGGGGGCCCGCGUGGCGCUGCUGCUGGAGGAGGCGGCCGCCUUGGUGUACCCGGGCGAUGCGGGCGAGGAGUCUCUGGGCUCGGAGAGAGCCCGCCGAGCCUGCCUGGAGCUGGGCGAGCAGGUCUGCGACUACUCUUGGGAGCGGCUGCACGUGGGCCCGUGGCGGGCGGUGAGCCCCGUGUGGCGGCGGGCGUGGGCGCUGGGCUGCCUCUUCCGCGUGCUGAGCCUGUGCCGGGCACGAGGGGCCAGUCGGGAGGCGCUGCGCCUAUGCGACUUGAGCCUCCUGCUCGGCGCGCCUGUCCUGGACGACGUCAUGGGCAGGCUGGUCCCCGUCCUCCAGCGGCACCUGCCAUCCGAGGAGCCAGCAGCGACAGCCCGCGCCGGAGCACCCCCGAAGAAGAAAAUCCGGACGGACUUCACCCCAGCAGCCCCUGCUAUAGCCCCAGAAACUGCUGUCCCACAGCUUCUCUGCCCAUCGCUGGAACAUUUCCGGGACAGUUACCUAACCCCUCAAAAGCCAGUUGUCUUGGAGGGGGUUGUGGACCACUGGCCUUGCCUGAGAAAGUGGAGCGUGAGCUACAUCCACCAGGUGGCUGGCAGCCGCACAGUCCCUGUGGAGCUUGGAUCGCGCUACACAGAUGAGGAGUGGUCCCAGACCCUCAUGACUGUGGAUGACUUCAUCAGACAGUAUAUUGAGAAUGAGGACCACAAGGGAUACCUUGCUCAGCACCAGCUCUUUGACCAGAUCCCAGAGCUGAAGCUGGAUAUUGGCGUCCCUGACUAUUGCUGCUUGGGCGAAGGAGACGAAGAGGACAUCACUGUCAACGCCUGGUUUGGUCCACCAGGGACUGUCUCCCCUCUGCAUCAGGACCCGCAGCAGAACUUCUUAGUCCAGGUAAUGGGACGGAAAUAUGUCCGUCUGUAUUCUCCUCAGGAAUCUGAAAACCUUUAUCCACAUGAAGGCCACCUCCUUCACAACACCAGCCAGGUGGAUGUGGAAGACCCUGACUUGGUGAAAUUCCCCAACUUCAAAGCAGCUGCAUUUCAAGAUUGCAUCUUGAGCCCUGGAGAAGUUCUGUUCAUCCCAGUUAGCUACUGGCACUACGUGCGGUCCCUGGACACAAGUUUCUCCGUCAGCUUCUGGUGGUCGUAGCGUCUGCUGGGAACAAGGGAGGACUCUUCUGCUCAGGGACAUCAGGCAAGAUGAAGGAAGGAGCUGCCAGGAAGCAGCAAGGGCUGUGACACACAGUUCAACUGCUGUGGUUGAGGAUCAAGGGCAUCAAAGAUGCAGUUUUCUGAAGGGGCUAAAAUAGUGACUUGUCCCUCUUUGGGUUUUAUUAAAAAGGGCUCUCUUAAAACUUUUCUCAAAGGACAACAGAAUACAAAUUAAUAUUUAAAUUA